CCCCGAAUUGCGGCCGCAAUCACACACUACUGGAGCUUCAACGACUAAACAAUAGCAACCAUCCUGAGUGAAUUAGCUAGCUACUGAGAAUAAUUUAUAUUGGAAUCAAGGUGGCAGCACUAGUGAAAAUCCUAGCAUCUGCAAAACUUAAACAAAUCCGGAGAUCCAACCCACGGCGAAAUCAGAUCUGUAAUACUGAGUGAAGGGCCGUGCGAGAGGGACUCAUAAAAGAGAACCCACCUUGCUUGGUUGUCAUAGUGUGCAGAGGAGAGUAGUGCUCCUCAGUAGUAGCAGCAGCCAUGGGCCUGGUAGCUUACCUGAAGACCCAGUUUGUUCUGCAGCUCCUCCUGGGUUUUGUGUUCGUGGUGAGCGGCCUCCUCAUCAACUUCAUCCAGUUGUUGACGUGUGUCCUGUGGCCCAUCGACAAGCAGCUGUACCGCAGGAUCAACACCAGGCUCUCCUACUCCCUCUGGAGCCAGCUGGUGAUGCUGCUGGAGUGGUGGUCGGGAACACAGUGCACCCUCUACACAGAUCAGGCCACGGUGGACAAGUUCGGCAAGGAACACGUCAUCAUCAUCCUCAACCACAACUAUGAGAUUGACUUCCUGUGCGGCUGGACUAUCUGUGAGCGAUACGGAGUCCUAGGGAGUUCCAAGGUGCUGGCCAAACACGAGCUGCUGAAGGUGCCUCUAAUUGGCUGGACCUGGUAUUUCCUGGAGAUCGUGUUCUGUAAGAGGAAGUGGGAGGAGGACAGAGAGACCGUGUUCAGAGGGCUAGAAAGACUCAGAGACUACCCUGAGUUUAUGUGGUUCCUGCUGUACUGUGAAGGCACUCGCUUCACAGAGAAGAAGCACCAGAUCAGUAUGGAAGUGGCAGAGAGUAAAGGCCUGCCCAAGCUCAAAUACCACCUGCUGCCCAGAACCAAAGGCUUCACCACCGCACUCAAAUGCCUCCAGGGCACAGUGUCUGCUGUGUAUGACGUCACACUGAACUUUAAAGACCACCAAGUCCCCACUCUGCUGGGCAUCAUCAACGGCAAGAAAUACAUGGCAGAUAUGAGAAUCAGGCGGUUCCCUGUAGAGGAGAUCCCAGAAGAUGAGAAGGAGUGUGCCAACUGGCUUCAUAAACUCUACCAGGAAAAGGAUGCUUUGCAGGAGCACUACCAUAAAGAGGGCACUUUCCCGGGUCCAACCAUCACCCCUCCUCGCCGGUUGUGGACGCUACUCAACUUCCUGUUCUGGGCGGCCCUGCUGCUCUCACCCCUCAUCAACUUCGCCUGCGGGGUGGUGGUCAGCGGCUCCCCCCUCCUCAUCCUCGGCUUCAGCCUCUUCCUCAUCGUAGCCUCCAUAGCCAUCCGGCGCCUGAUCGGUGUCACCGAGGUAAAGAAGACAGGCUCCAGUUACGGCGACGAGGGGUCCAAAAAACAGAUCUAGACCUCUACCUCCCCCCUGUUGGUUGCUGUACGGUCCUCCUGCGGUUCCCCUCCCUCUAUUCUGUUGUCCUGCAGGUGCAGUCAGCACGCCGGGGAGGGGGACAAACCAUUACACCUAGAGAUAAAACCAAUAGAUCUGGAAGGGGCCAAACCAUUACACCUAGAGAUAAAACCGAUAGAUCUGGAUGGGACCAAACCAUUACACCUAGAGAUAAAACCGAUAGAUCUGGAUGGGACCAAACCAUUACACCUAGAGAUAAAACGGAUAGAUCUGGAUGGGGCCAAACCAUUACAUCUAGAGAGAAAACAGAUCUGUAGAGUGCCAAACCGUUACACCUAGAGAUAAAACGGAUAGAUCUGGAGGGGGCCAAACCAUUACAUCUAGAGAUAAAACAGAUAGAUCUGGAUGGGACCAAACCAUUACAUCUAGAGAGAAAACAGAUAGAUCUGUAGAGUGCCAAACCGUUACACCUAGAGAUACCAUUGUAGAUCUCCACAUAUAGAUCUGGAGAAAGAGAGAGAGAGAGUGUUAUGACCAUGGAAGGAGUGUGGAGAGAGAGCGAGCGAGAGAGAGAGAGACAGGAAGACUGUCUGGAGCCAGCUCUCUGUGGAGUAGGAGAGGGCAGAAGGAGAGGCCAGGCUCUUUGACCCCCUUAACAACUCCCUCGGAUGUCCCCGGCCACGCCCACUCUUCACCUCCUGACCACUGGGGUCCUCACCACCGGACAACUUGUCAGCUCACCACACAGAAACAAGCCCACUUCCUGUUCUGAGCUAACCACUUCCUUUUCCUGUCACAUGCUCUGGUCCUUUUUCUUUUUUUUUGAGGUUGGUGUUACUCGUGUUCACCUCUUGUAAUGACAUACAGUACAUCUCCCCCUCGUUCUACCAAAUGACUGGACUUCAAAUGGGAACCAGUUUCUUGAGGCUCAGCCUGGUUUCCACUUUGCUUUUAACCUCUAAGAAAAAGCUGUUUCUUUUUUCACUGUGCUUCCUAUCUCUGCUGUGGGAGCCCGCCCCCUUUUAUAUUUGUUGUCCAGAUUCAAAAUCUAAUGCGGCGUUUCCAUGAUUCUACAAGUCUAUGCAUUCUGGUCACUGUUGAAUAUUACCACGGCACUUAUUUUCAUCUGGGCUAUGUACAACAGCAGAGAUGGGACUUCCAGUGUUUUAAAUACUGAGGCAGGUUUCUGUGUGUUAAGACUACAGUAAGGGCUCUGUAUUCAUUAACUACACACUAAUUAACUACUUACUAACAUUUUGUUAUCUUUGACAUGAUAUUCGACUCCACUGUUCCAACGCCCUCAAGUUUUGACUAAUUAUUAUUUGAUGUAGGUUUUUUCCCCCAUUCUCCCAUGCUUGUAGAUGUCUGCACACACACUAACAUGCCAUUUUAUGACUAGCCACUUCCUGAGUGAACUUCUCUUCUUCUGUUGUCUCCGCUUUGUUUUACACAGCUCAACCACCCCAGGUGUCUUUACACAGCUCAACCACCCCAGGUGUCUUUACACAGCUCAACCACCCCAGGUGUCUUUACACAGCUCAACCACCCCAGGUGUCUUUACACAGCUCAAUCACCCACGGGGUCUUUUACACAGCUCAAUCACCCACGGGGUCUUUACACAGCUCAACCACCCCCGUGUCUUUACACAGCUCAAUCACCCACGGGGUCUUUACACAGCUCAACCACCCCCGUGUCUUUACACAGCUCAAUCACCCACGGGGUCUUUACACAGCUCAACCACCCACGGUGUCUUUACACAGCUCAACCACUCCCGGUGUCUUUACACAGCUCAACCACUCCCGGUGUCUUUACACAGCUCAACCACUCCCGGUGUCUUUACACAGCUCAACCACUCCAGGUGUCUUUACACAGCUCAACCACUCCAGGUGUCUUUACACAGCUCAACCACCCCCGGUGUCUUUACACAGCUCAACCACCCCCUGUGUCUAUACACAGCUCAACCACUCCAGGUGUCUAUACACAGCUCAACCACUCCAGGUGUCUAUACACAGCUCAACCACCCCCGGUGUCUUUACACAGCUCAACCACCCCCGGUUUCUUUACACAGCUCAACCACCCCCGGUGUCUAUACACAGCUCAACCACCCCCGGUGUCUUUACACAGCUCAACCACUCCAGGUGUCUUUACGCAGCUCAACCACCCUCCAUGUCAGUGUGACUCUUAUAAUAACCAAUUCCAGUCAAAACAGACUAUAACCCCACCUACCCUUUUAUAGUUGAAAUGCACUAGCUACUGAUUCUCUCCAGCUGUAGACUCAAGUAAUGUUUGCCUCUGCAAGGGUGACUGUUUGAUUGGUUAGUAAGCUGAUGAGUACUAAGGUGAUUGUUUGAUUGGUUACACUGUUCCUAUCUCUUAGGCUAGGGUGAUUUGAUUGGUUACUAAAUUCCAUUCCUACCUCAUAUCUUCCUCUACUAAAGUCUUGGUGCACUGUGGGUAUAGUUGAAUAUUCUCCAUGUUAGUUCUGGCAUGUUUAUUAGGCCCUGGUGUAUGUUGACAUGGUGCAGGAGCAAAAGGAUCUUAUUGAAUUGCAAUUACAUGUGUCAUUUAACAGAAGCUCUAAUCCAGAGCAAUUUACAAUACCGUCCCUAACAGUACUGUUCUACAUCUCAGUAGCCAGCGAUAUGUUACUAAAAGCUGCUUCCAGGUCCUGAGCUGCACAGGAAGGAGGUUUUUGCCCCAUUGUUUAUUUUCUUGCUGCUAUUCCGUGCAUGCUACAGCACCACCCUGAGCUCAGGCACUGCACCUGCACUUGCUUUCCAACACACCUGCACUUGCUUUCCAACACACCUGCACUUGCUUUCCAACACACCUGCACUUGCUUUCCAACACACCUGCACUUGCUUUCCAACACAUCGCACAUUGUUUAUCUAUUUACACUCCGAUGAGUGUAAAUGGGAGGGUGCUGACUUUCCUUUACAAACUGGGAUUGGCAUGAAAGCAGGUGUCAGAUCACAGGGGACUGUUAUUUCCCGAGUGCAACAUGCAAACAUAGCAGCAACACGUCGUCGUCAUCCCUUGUCUGGAGAAGACACCCAGUCUGUUACGACAUCACCAGCUUUUCACCGUGUGUUGUUAAUGUCCUUUGUUCCUCUUUUAUUUUAUUGUAGCGUUUAAAUGUGGUUGUUUUUAACCAGGACCGAUUCAUGCAAGCCACAACAGAGUGCAGCUUCAUUAUAUUGUGUGAAGUUAGGCAGACCACGCUUCCUCAGCCCCCUUAUAGUACAUUUGGAUUGGCAAGUGGUGUGGGAGACUGAAUUAGUAAGGUUCACAUACAUCUGCCCUCUGUUAAAAAAAUAAAAAUAACUCCUGUUUAUUUCUCAAUAUAGAAUCCUGGAAACAAGUAUUUUUUUGGGGGGGGAGGUUAGUUGAUAAGGCAUAGUUAGUGUUAAGGCUGAAGAGAUGGGGGUUCCAUGAGAAUCUGCUUAUUGUUACAGUAAUAGUUAAGAGGGCCCCAUAGUAAUAGACUCCGUGUCCCAUGAUGCUUCGGUGUUCGAUACCUCUGUUACAACUCACUCAACUGUCAAUACAACUGCUUCAGUAGCAUAAGAGAGAUCUGGGCCCAUAUCCACAGAGUCUAACAGUAGGAGUGCUGAUCUAGGAUCUUUCCAUAUAUUCUUAUUAAUUCUGAUCUAAAAGGCUAAACUGAUCCUAUAUCAGCCCUCCUGCUCUGAGAGGCUUUGUGGGUACGGACCCUGUUCUAAGUUGUGGGGCAUACGUUUUAUCUCAUCUCUAGUGUCCUUCCCAUACUGUAAUUCCAAACUACAGUACCCAUCAGGCACUGGUGCAGUCCCACCACUCCCUCAGGUAUCUAUCAGUCAGCUGUGUUUACACAGGCAGCCCAAUUCUGAUAUUUAUUUCACUAGUCGGUCUUUUGACCAAUCGGAUCAGCUCUGAAAAAGAUUUGACGUGAAAAGGCCAAUUGGUGGAGAAACGUCUCAAAUUGGACUGCCUGUGUAAACACAGCCUAUGGUGUAUCUAUUCCAGAGCAACAGGACAAAUGCAGAGAAGUUAACAAGAUUUGACAUUUUCUAACACUGGAGGUUUGUACUGCAAAAAAAUCCCACUAAUUUCAGAUUUUCUUAUUUUUGUUAAAGUUCUCAACUAAAGAAACAAGUAACUUUAGAAAUUCAACACUGAAAUUUGAACCUUUUUUGGCAUGAAAGUUGUUAAAGUUGCAUCUCGACUCAACUUACAUUUGUCUUUUUUCUAAGUCUAUUUGUAUCUGUUGUUUCUUUAAGUAAACAAUUAAGAAUAUUAAAGGAUUUAAUCAGGCAA